GGAGUCCAUCUUCUGUAUCCAGUACAAUGUUCGUGCAUUCAUGAAUGUCAAGCACUGGCCUUGGAUGAAGCUGUUCUUCAAAAUAAAGCCCUUGCUGAAGAGUGCAGAAUCUGAGAAAGAGAUGGCCAACAUGAAGGAAGAGUUUGAUAAAAUCAAGGAAGAGCUUGCAAAGUCUGAGGCAAAGAGGAAGGAGCUAGAAGAGAAAAUGGUUUCUUUGCUGCAGGAGAAAAAUGAUCUGCAGCUCCAAGUGCAGGCUGAAGCUGAUGGUUUGGCUGAUGCUGAGGAAAGAUGUGACCAGCUCAUCAAAACCAAAAUCCAGCUGGAAGCCAAAAUUAAGGAGGUGACUGAAAGGGCUGAGGACGAGGAGGAAAUUAAUGCUGAGCUGACAGCCAAGAAGAGGAAACUGGAGGAUGAAUGUUCAGAGCUGAAGAAAGAUAUUGACGAUCUUGAGUUAACACUGGCCAAGGUUGAGAAGGAAAAACAUGCCACCGAAAACAAGGUGAAAAACCUCACAGAGGAGAUGGCAGCCCUGGACGAGACCAUCGCCAAGCUGACAAAAGAGAAGAAAGCCCUCCAAGAGGCCCAUCAACAGACACUGGAUGACCUGCAGGCAGAAGAGGACAAAGUCAAUACGCUGACCAAAGCUAAAACCAAGCUGGAGCAGCAAGUGGACGAUCUGGAAGGUUCCCUGGAGCAGGAGAAGAAACUGCGCAUGGACCUUGAGAGAGCUAAGAGGAAACUCGAAGGAGACCUGAAGAUGAACCAGGAAUCGCCCAUGAGCAUAAUGGAUUUGGAAAAUGAUAAGCAGCAGCUGGAUGAGAAACUGAAGAAGAAAGACUUUGAAAUCAGCCAGAUCCAGAGCAAAAUCGAGGAUGAGCAAGCCCUGGGCAUGCAAUUACAGAAGAAGAUCAAGGAGCUGCAGGCUCGUAUUGAGGAACUGGAGGAGGAAAUUGAGGCAGAACGUGCCUCUCGAGCAAAAGCAGAGAAGCAUCGGGCUGACCUCUCGAGGGAGCUAGAGGAGAUCAGCGAGCGCCUGGAAGAAGCAGGAGGGGCUACCGCAGCUCAGAUCGAUAUGAACAAGAAGCGUGAGGCAGAAUUUCAGAAGAUGCGUCGCGACCUCGAAGAGGCCACUCUGCAGCAUGAAGCCACGGCUGCCGCCCUGCGGAAGAAGCAUGCGGACAGCACAGCUGAGCUUGGGGAGCAGAUCGACAACCUGCAACGAGUGAAGCAGAAGCUGGAGAAGGAGAAGAGUGAGCUGAAGAUGGAGAUUGACGACUUGGCCAGCAACAUGGAGUCAGUCUCCAAAGCCAAGGCAAAUCUGGAGAAGAUGUGUCGCUCCCUAGAAGAUCAACUCAGUGAGAUUAAGACAAAGGAGGAGGAACAACAGCGCACAAUUAAUGACAUUAGUGCUCAGAGAGCUCGACUCCAAACAGAAUCCAGUGAAUAUUCACGCCAGGUGGAGGAGAAAGAUGCUCUGAUUUCUCAGCUGUCAAGAGGCAAGCAGGCAUUCACCCAACAGAUUGAGGAACUCAAGAGGCACCUAGAGGAAGAGAUAAAGGCCAAGAACGCCCUGGCCCACGCCUUGCAGUCUGCUCGCCAUGACUGUGACUUGCUCCGGGAACAAUAUGAGGAGGAGCAGGAAGCCAAGGGGGAGCUGCAGCGCGCCCUGUCCAAGGCCAACAGCGAAGUGGCCCAGUGGAGAACUAAAUAUGAGACGGACGCUAUUCAGCGCACAGAGGAGCUGGAGGAGGCCAAGAAGAAGCUGGCACAGCGCCUGCAGGAUGCAGAGGAACACGUUGAAGCUGUGAAUGCCAAAUGUGCCUCCCUGGAAAAGACAAAGCAGAGGCUGCAGAAUGAAGUGGAAGACCUGAUGAUUGACGUGGAGCGAUCAAAUGCCGCCUGCGCAGCUCUGGAUAAGAAGCAGAAGAACUUUGACAAGAUCCUGGCAGAGUGGAAGCAGAAAUAUGAGGAAACACAGGCUGAGCUGGAAGCCUCCCAGAAGGAGUCUCGCUCUCUCAGCACGGAGCUGUUUAAGAUGAAGAAUGCCUAUGAGGAGUCCUUGGACCACCUGGAAACGCUGAAGCGUGAGAACAAGAACUUGCAGCAGGAGAUUUCCGACCUCACAGAGCAGAUUGCCGAGGGAGGAAAGGCAAUUCAUGAGCUGGAGAAAGUCAAGAAGCAGACUGAUCAGGAAAAAUCUGAACUCCAAGCCUCACUGGAGGAAGCUGAGGCAUCCCUGGAACAUGAAGAGGGGAAGAUCCUGCGCCUCCAACUUGAGCUCAACCAGAUGAAGUCUGAGAAUGACAGAAAAGUAGCAGAGAAAGAUGAGGAGAUCGACCAGAUGAAGAGAAACCACCUCCGAGUGGUGGACUCCAUGCAGAGCACCCUGGAUGCUGAGAUCCGGGGCAGGAAUGAAGCCCUGCGGCUGAAGAAGAAGAUGGAGGGAGACCUGAAUGAAAUGGAGAUCCAGCUGAGCCAUGCCAACCGCCAGGCUGCAGAGGCACAAAAGAAUCUGAGAAACACACAGGCAGUGCUAAAAGAUACCCAGAUACACUUGGAUGAUGCUCUCAGGACUCAGGAGGACCUGAAGGAGCAGGUGGCCAUGGUGGAGCGCAGAGCAAACCUGUUGCAGGCUGAAAUUGAGGAGCUGCGGGCAGCCCUAGAACAAACAGAGAGGUGUAGAAAGGUCGCUGAGCAGGAACUGAUGGAUGCAAGUGAGCGUGUGCAGCUCCUCCACACCCAGAACACCAGCUUGAUCAACACCAAGAAGAAGCUGGAAACAGACAUUGCCCAAAUUCAGGGUGAAAUGGAGGAUAUGAUCCAGGAAGCCCGCAAUGCUGAAGACAAGGCCAAGAAGGCCAUCACGGAUGCAGCCAUGAUGGCAGAAGAACUGAAGAAGGAGCAGGACACCAGCGCCCAAGCAGGACACCGGCGCCCCCUGGAGGGGAUGAAGAAGAACCUGGACCAGACGGUGAAGGACCUGCAGCACCGUCUGGAUGAAGCUGAGCAGUUGGCACUGAAGGGAGGCAAGAAGCAAAUCCAGAAGCUGGAGGCCAGAGUGCGGGAGCUGGAAGGGGAGGUUGAUGCUGAGCAGAAGCGCAGCGCUGAAGCCGUGAAGGGUGUGCGCAAGUACGAGAGGAGGGUGAAGGAGCUGACCUAUCAGUCUGAAGAAGACAGGAAGAACGUUCUCAGGCUCCAGGAUCUGGUGGACAAGCUUCAAAUGAAAGUGAAAUCCUACAAGAGACAAGCUGAGGAGGCUGAGGAGCUGUCCAAUGUCAAUCUCACAAAGUUUCGCAAGAUCCAGCAUGAGCUGGAAGAAGCAGAGGAGCGGGCUGACAUUGCGGAGUCACAGGUCAACAAGCUCCGAGCAAAGAGCCGUGAAAUUGGCAAGAAGGUAGAAAGUGAAGAGUAAACGCCUCCAGUGGUGCAAAGUGAAAGAGAAUUGCACAAAAUGUGAAAUUCUAUCACUUUGGUUUUGUAAUCACUGCUUAGUCCUUCAUCAAUCUCUAAUUAAUGCCUAGAUAAUAAAAAUUGUAGAGAUUUUCCCAUGGAAA